CUUCGUGAUCUCUCUCUCUCUCUCUCUUUACAGUUUGGGAUUUCAUCGUGCGCAAAAUACCAGCUAAAUCUCCGUAAGGAAACCAUAUUUGUCAUCUCUGCAAAUUGCCUGUCGCGAUUCAAUCAUCGCUGUCAGAGUAUUGCUUGCAGAGAGGUUGGCUUUUCUGCUUUGAGAUGGCCUUUUUGCAAGACAGCUUGACUAAGUUCCAGAAGCAACAAGAGAAGUGCCAAUCAACCCUUUCCAGUAUUGCAGCCAAAGCAGGAACUUCUAGGCCAACUCCUUCAAAGUCUUCCAAUUCUUCUGCAAAUGCAAAACCUCCUGCCCCUGCAGUCAAAUUUUCUAAUGACACAGAAAGACUCCAACACAUUAACACCAUAAGGAAAUCCCCAGUGGGAGCUCAGAUCAAACGGGUCAUAAACUUGCUAUUAGAUACAAGGCAAGCUUUUACCCCGGAACAAAUAAAUGAACAAUGCUAUGUUGAUAUCAAUGCAAACAAGGCUGUAUUUGACAGUUUGAGAAACAAUCCUAAAGUCCAUUACGAUGGCAGACGAUUCUCUUACAAGGCCAAGCAUGAUCUGAAAAACAAGGAUCAAUUGCUGACCUUAAUACGGAGAUAUGGUGAGGGUAUCCCUAUCAUUGAUCUCAAGGAUGCAUACCCAACUGUCAUGGAGGACCUGCAAUCUCUGAAGGCUGCUGGACAAGUGUGGCUGCUGUCAAAUUUCGACUCUCAGGAGGACAUUGCCUAUCCAAAUGACCCCAAAGUCCGCACCAACAAGGUCGAUGAAGAUAUCAAACAGCUCUUCCUCGAAAUCGAACUGCCCCGUGACAUGCUCGACAUUGAAAAAGAUCUCCUGAAAAACGGAAUGAAACCCGCCACAAACACUGCAAAGAGGAGGGCGAUGGCACAGGUCCACGGCAUGGCCAACAAGCCCAAAACCAAGAAGAAGAAGCACGAAAUCAGCAAGAGGACCAAGCUUACAAAUGCUCAUCUUCCAGAGCUCUUUGCAAACCUCAAAUCCUCUAGUUAAUGAUGGUGAAUUAAGCAUUUGGAUUUUUUUUUUUUUUCACAUAUGUUCCAUAAUGGCCUUUGGUUCUUCCCAUGGCAGUGGAUGAGGAGUGAUUUUAAUCAGUACUGUGAAAGUUCAGGUGUGGUCUGGUUCAUCCUAUGUAAUGUUCUGUGUCCCCAUUCAACUGAUUUUUAUAUUUUCUUUAGUAUACUGCCUUAUAAAGAGUAUACAUGAGAUUGUAACUGGUGAUGUCCCAGGCAUCUGUUUCAACAUGCAUGGACUAAACAUUAUAAACUGAUAUUUGAUUAUCCCUUUCUGCA